GAAAACAAAAAUCCGCCAAUCUAAUCUGCCUUUCAAUAAACGGACGUGCCCCUGUUUUCUUCCGAAAUUUUCAUCGAAUUUCCCAAUCAAUUUGUGACGCUUGCUGACAAAAGAUACCGCAAACCACUGCCCCAGAAUGGACAAAUCAACGGAUGGUGAAAACACUGCCCCGGGGCUCGUCAAAACGGCCAAAAAUGGAAACGGAAAAGCCAAAGCCGCCGCGACAUCAGCCGGAGCAAAACCGGUUCGUAAACGCAAGAAGAUCAAGGACGCAAACGCACCGAAGCAUCCGCUAACAGGAUACGUCCGGUACAUGAACGAGUUCCGCGAGGAACGCCGACUGAAAAAUCCAGCCCUGUCGGCCGUCGAUAUCACCAAGCUGCUGGCCGAAGAGUGGAGCAACCUUUCGGACGAGGUCAAAAAGCCUUUCCUCGAAGCAGCUGAAGUUGACCGGUUGCGCUACCACCGCGAGGUCUCCGAGUACAAACAGAAUAACGUAACGCCACCGUCGACCAACAGCAAGAAGCCCAAAUCGAACGGCGAUGGCGACUCGGACCACAAAGAUGCCGUUCCGUAUCUCAACGGAAAGGAAGAAAAACGUCGGGAAAUCCGCGUCGGCGACUACGAAAUCCCGAUCUUCACCGACGACUUUCUCGAACACAACAAGGUGAUCGACUCGGAGCUGCGAAUGUUGCGCAAGUCCAACAUCGACUACGAGCAGCAAAACUCGGUCCUGGAGAAGCACGUCGAAAACAUGGACAACGGCAUCCAGAAGCUGGACAACGAGACGAGCAGUCUGCGGGCUCGGAAUGCCACCUUGCAGAGCUAUCUGCAAAAGCUGCGAUCGGUGCUGGCCAGUGCGCUGGCCGGACUUCCGAUUGGGCCGGAGCACAAGGGUGCCACGGCGGACAACAUUGACGAGUACAUGGCCGAGCUGCACCAGAUGGCCAAGUCGAGCACGCACGGCCACACGCUCAACAAGGCCAAGGACAUCAUCCGGAAGCUGGACCUGCAGAGUCUGGCCACGUAAGCGGUGAGCGAUUGUUUCGUUUUUGGUUUAUUCUUUCUUUUAUUGAUUUACCUACUAUUAUUAACCGGACUGGAGCGAACGGUAAGUGGGAGCAGGUUCGCCUUCGAAUACAUGUACCUUUUUAGUUUCGACGAA